CUACUGAUGACUUACUUAUUACUCUCGAGCUACCGUGCCUAUCUAGUAGGGAAUAUGUACUAGGUAUGUAGUGUUCCUUUGCUGCAAUUUGACUGGGACGUAUCACAGUUCCAGCUACCUAGAUAUUGGUAUUAGAUAGGCACUCCGAUGACAACCAACCAGUAUAUGGUUCUCUUGACUUGUUAUUAUCAUACCAAGGUAGAGCUACCUAGUAUCUAUCUGGCUUGAACGUCAACCAUGGAAAAGGAGACACUGGGGACGGGGGGAAAGCUUCUGGAACCAGUCCAGUAUCUACGGCUGAUGGAUUGAUUGGACGGGGAUGCCCCUUUUAUCACGAAUGUUAAGAUGUCACAUGACAUGAUUUCACCGUACUUGUUGUAUUUACCUGGAAACUGUCACUAACCAAUAAAUACUACUGUCUCCCAUCUAUUUCGUUCCAAAGACAUCUCCAAUCCUCCUCUUCCUUUCACGCAACAAUCUCGAAAGAAACAUAUCCUCAUUGUCACGAGAUUCUUGCAUGCCACUGUACCUCCGUGGGUUAGCAAGGAUCAUAGCUCAAGCCCCACUAAGCUGCAUCUCGAUUGCCAACGCUGCUGUAUCAAAAGUGCAGCAUCCACAAACUCAACAGCUUUUAAAUUUCUGUGUUUGGACUUCUCCCUACAGAUCUUCCUUUUCUUAUCCAUUCUUGCAAGCUACACUUACUACCCUCAUAAAUCUACUACAACAUAUCGAAGAUGGCGGACCAACAAGAAAACGAGCUCUUGCCCGAGACAACUGAUGGAUUCAAGGUGGGGGAGAAAAAGACUUUGGAUGAGUAUUCCAAGAUGGAUGCCGAAGAUGAGUCUCUUCAACGCUACAAGGAAUCCCUUGGACUUGGCGGUGGUGGACAGGACCUUAGUGACCCAACAGACCCACGUGACUGCAUUAUUCUCACUCUUGAGAUGAACUCUGAGGGUCGCCCUCCAGUCAAGCUUGAGCUUUCUACACCUGAUGCUCUCAAGACCUUGAAGGAUCAUCCAUUCAAGAUUAAGGAAGGUUCUAAGUUCAACCUUACUGCUACCUUUAAAGUACAACACAACGUUUUGAGCGGUCUCCAAUAUGUUCAAGUCAUCAAGCGCAAGGGUAUCAGAAUCGACAAAUUGCAAGAGAUGAUUGGAAGUUACGCACCCAACACUGACAAGAACCCCGUUCACACCAAGCGAUUCGCCGACGAGGAUGCCCCAAGUGGAAUGAUGGCUCGAGGUCACUACACCGCAAUCUCUACUUUCGUCGAUGACGACAAGAAGAAGCAUCUUGAAUUCGAGUGGUCUUUCGAUAUCGCCAAGGACUGGUAGAUAUUCCUAUCUGCUUCACUUUUGAUCUUCUGCUUUUCGCCUAACAUAUCGCAAUCGCCUCUUUUGACACCGAUCCCAUUCUUGACGUAGCAUAGCACUCACAUGACAAGUUUUCGACAUACCUUUGCGCGCAUGUAAUUUGGACGGCUACCUUUUGGGCGAUUUUGCUUUUGUGUUGUGGCUAGGAGAAUAGUCGAUCGUUUUCUUCCCUACUUGUUUUCCCUUGCAAAUUUAUAUUUUGGACAGAAAAAAGUUAUGGGUGGAUAAUGAGACAAGUUAUGGACGGAUGAUCGGAUGAGUUAUGAAACGAAGAUGUUUGGUCAUAUCAUGCGCAUGAUCUGGAUUGAACGAACGAACGAGAUGUGAAGUUGAGAAAGUACCUAAGCAUACUGUGGUUGUUUGGAGGCAUUCUUUCCCUGCAGGCGCGCAUACAUUAUUUUAAAUUCAAAAGACUCAUUCACUUUUCCUCAAGUAUAGAACUUCGUAUCUCAUUGUAUUUCGUAUCUA